AUGGCAAAUGCAGAGUUAGGAAAUCAAACUUCUGUCACCAAAUUUAUCCUCCUGGGCUUUGAAAUUCUUCCAGAGUUACAAAUACUUCUCUUCCUGCUGUUUCUCAUACUCUACAUUGCAACCAUGGCUGGGAAUUUCCUCAUCAUUGUGCUCAUCAUAGCUGUUCAGCAUCUGCACACCCCCAUGUACUUCUUCUUGGGGAACUUGUCGUGCUUGGAGACCUGCUAUACCUGCACCCUCCUGCCCAGGAUGCUGGCCAGCUUCCUCACAGAAGACAGAACCAUCUCGUUCUCUGGCUGCUUCAUCCAAUUUUUUUUCUUUGGUUUCUUGAUAGUUACAGAGUGUUGUCUCUUAUCCGUGAUGUCUUAUGAUCGGUACUUGGCCAUAUGUAAACCAUUGCAUUAUGCAGCCUUUAUGAGUGACAGAUUUUGUUUCAGCCUUGCUGCUGGCUCAUGGAUCAGCGGAUUUAUAGUUGCCUCAGUUAUAUAUCUCUUCUUGUUGCGAUUAACCUUCUGUGGACCCAAUCAAAUUGACCAUUUCUUUUGUGACUACUUACCACUAAUUACACUCUCCUGCAGUGACACUUAUGAGCUAGAACUUAUAGUUUUCAGUCUUGGCUGUAUGUUCCUUUUGCCCCCGUUCUUUUUAACUCUCAUGUCCUAUGUCUGCAUUAUCACCACCAUAGUGAGAAUCCCUUCCACUACCGGGAGACAAAAGGCCUUUUCAACUUGUUCCUCCCACAUUACUGUGGUGACAAUUUUCUAUGGGUCUAUAACUAUUGUCUACAUGUUGCCAAGAACCAACAACCUUAGAGGCCUGAACAAAAUAUUGUCUCUUUCCUACACUGUGCUGACUCCAUUGGCCAACCCUCUCAUUUACAGCCUGAGAAACAAGGAAGUAAAGGAGGCUGUAAGGAAAGUUGUCCUCAUGUUUAUGAAUUGGAAAAUAAUGCCAACUUUCCUAAACUCUAUGAUCAUGUUCAAGCAAAAUGGAAAUAACAGGAAUCAGACCUGUGGAAAAUGA